AUGGAGACCAAAGCUGCUGAGCUCCUGGCAGCUUUCAAAAACCCCAAUCUCUCGGUCGAUGCUAAGGUUGCCCACCUCACCGGCAUCAAGUCCGAUAUCAAACAAAAGAAUGUUCCCGAAGGCGCCAUCCCCAUGAUCUUCGAGACUAUCCGACUAGCUUUGAACUCCCAACACUACUCAGUUUGCAGUGGAGCUUUCUCGACGUUAGGUCACUUUUUGAAACGCCUGACUAUCCAAGAUCAGCAACAAUGGAUCGUAUCACAAGCACGCAACUUCUACCCCGUGCUAACAGAGCGCCUUGGAGACCACAAAGAACGUAUCAGAGCACAGUCUGCAUCCAUUUUUACAGAUCUGUGGUCGCUCGCAAAUGAGGAGGUCGAGUACUAUGUUCUCGGACAGGGCUUGGUGGGCAAGAACCCUAGAGCCAAAGAAAUGAGUCUUCUUUGGUUAUCAAAUAUGACAAAAAACCAUGGUUUAUUAUUCCGCCAAUAUGUUCCCUCUCUGGUCGCAUCCUUAGAAGAUGCGGACAGUGCUGUUCGAGAUACAGCAAAGGUGGUUGUGAUCGACUUGUUUCGAACUGCCCCUUCUCGAGCCAAGUCCGACCUACAGAAACAGCUGGUGACCCGUGGUGUGAGAAAAUCUAUUUCAAGUGCUAUCUUGUCAGGGAUUGGCCUCUCAUCUGUAGAGCCAGAAACCUCCAACCGACCCAUUUCCCGCGCUGAACGACCGAUCUCAGUGAUGUCCCGUUCGCAUGCUAUGGAUAUGCACGACGAUGGUGUGUUUGUCAAUGAAUCGCCGUCCCCAGUAUCCAACAAUUCUAAUAAUGUCGACUCAGAGCCGGAACCCACCAAAAGUCGACCAGGCUCAAGGGCCCAUUAUGACAGGCCCAUUGCUUCAAGUUCAGCUGAUGCACCUGCCAGGCCGAAGACCCCAGCGGCCGAACCCCCUACUUCUCGAGCCCCAUCUCACGAUGAUGACGGAUUGGAACCACUCUUGGUGGGAUCGGGUAGGAACAUUGAAGAUCUUGUUCGCGACAUGAUUUCUUCGUUCGAUGGCAAGGAGUCUGAAGAUAAUUGGCUGAAACGCGAGAAGAAUGUGAUUCUUUUUCGAAGAUUGACCAGAGGAAAUGCGCCCAAUGAAUUUUUUCAAGCUUAUCUGCAGGCCACCAAAACCCUUUUAGAUGGAUUCUUCAAGGUGGUGAACUCUUUGCGAACUACUCUUUGUACCAACGGUUGUCUUUUGAUUCAGGAUAUCGCCCGAGUUUGCGGCCCCAAAAUUGACUCCAUGGUAGAGAUCAUCAUGCAAAAUUUGAUCAAGCUCUGUGCUUCCUUGAAGAAAAUUGCGGCACAGAAUGGAACUACGACUGUGGACGCUGUUAUCGGAAAUGUGACAUUCAACAUCCGAAUUCUGCAACAUAUCUAUUGGGCAGCUCAAGAUAAAAAUGUUCAGCUGCGCCUUUGUGCCGCAGCCUGGCUGAAGACAUUGAUUACUCGACAAGCCCAUCACAAGAGUACUGUUGAGCAUGGCGGUGGCUUGGAUCUUAUUGAUAAAGCAAUCAGAAAAGGAUUAGCAGAUGCCAAUCCAGGAGUCCGCGAGGCAAUCAGAGGGACCUAUUGGACCUUCUCUGCGGUCUGGCCUGAUCGGGCCGACGGGAUUAUAUCUGAUCUGGACGCCAAGUCUCGAGGACUCUUGGAGAAAGACUCAGCAAAUCCGAAUGCCGCUCAAAAGACAGCUACAUCGACCAAGGAGACGGGCGGCGGCCGUUCUGCUUUGAAGGAGGCCAUUGCUGCUCGUAAGAAGGCUCAAAUGAGUGCUCGCCCAGAGUCUUCUCAAUCCGCAUUCGCUGACAAUCAAUCGUCAGAGUCCGCACCUAAGCCGGCUGUACGGACCGUCCCCACAGGUGCACCUCUUUCAUCAUUGUCCUCUGCACCUAUGAGGCCAGCUAUGAAACCCCGCCGAGCGGAGUUAAAUCGCCCUGCGACCGCUGACCCAUACGCUCGCCGACCUGAUCGACCAGACUCACGAGCGCAGACAGCUAGACAGGCCACAGUCUCCCCGCGCUCAAUCAGGUCUAAGGCUUCGACCCCUUCAUCGAAACCAAUCAAUGCGCCUCGUCUUCGACCUCAUGAGUCUGGAACGGCUACCACUAGAGGCAAACCCAAGAAGCUUGACCUCUCGAAGUCCAAGUCGCAUGGAGAUCUUGCCGCAGCAAGUCGUGCACGUAGUUCUUCUAAUGAAAGCACAACCAAUCAGUCUUCUGUGCAGGCUCAUCCAGCUGAUCCUUCCAGUGCCUAUGACGAACCUGCAUCACCAGCACCCGUCGUACUGGAGAGUCCUCCGCUUUCUGCAUCGCGGCCUCCGCGUCAUCACAAUGAACGCAUUGAUACCUAUCGGGUUUCUACGCCAGAGCCAGCAGCAGAGUCUGAACCCAUGGCUCUGGAAGAUCCCAUGGUUGAUGUGGCUUCCCCGAGCAGCGAGCAGCAUCCUGCAACGCCUGUGCGCCAGUCAACUAUGACACCUACCCCUGAAUCUGUCACAAAACCACAACCAGAGGAGGUGGUCAUCUACGAAGAUCCUGCUACUCCAGUCGCUACCGAGAUGCGUACAUCGAGAAUCGAUUCUGUUGAACAUUUUACUCCCACAAGAUCGCCUCGGCAUUCUGUUGAGCAUACUCUUGAUGAAGAAACACCCGCAGACACUCCAGUGGAGUCCACAACUCCCCUCAGAAACCCACCUGCAGAAGUUCUACAGUACCAUGGUCUUUCUCACGAUGGUUCAAGUGAGCCUCAGUUCCCAUCUCCGGUGCGGAGAACCCCAUUACGAGCUAGUCCUUCACCAACAAGGAGCCGAGCUCUAGUCGCACCUUCUGGAACUGUAUCAGCCAGAGAAUCUCUGUUGAGACCAGGAUCUGUUGCGGGCUCACCCGUGAAGACCCCAAACAAAGAGAAUGCGAGAGCACAGCCUCUUAAGAUCGCAGAAUAUUCCGCGACUCCGCGCUCGGCGGCGAAGCCUGGAGCCCUUGGAGAGUUGCCUCUCAACGAAUCAGCCAUGGGAACUGUAGAGACAAGACAACUAUCCGUCGAACCGAUGUGUGAAUCGAUCGGAGAAGUAUCUCUACGCCGAAGUCGUAAAUGGGCCGAGCGACACCGUAGCCCAAGUCCUCGAUCAAAAGACCCCGCCAAUGCACGAGAGAUGCUGCACAAGGCCCUCGGCCGAAUUUCAACUCGAACCAUGGAUAUCUCCGGCUAUCGCAAACUGCAAGGCCUUUUCCAGUACCAUGGUGAGGAGAUUGUCUCCCGUGAAGAGGACUACUAUGAGGUGUUGGAUGCUCUUCUCACCGAAUUGGAGUCCGCACCUACUAGCCGCAAAGAUCACGACGUGAAAACCCAAAUUCUGGCAACCAUUCGAUCCAUGAUUCUCCGAACAAGUGAUUUGUUCCACCGAUACGAUGUUUCCGCAAUUGCGUCGAUCAUCCGAGCUCGCCGGCACUAUGAAUCGAACUCUCAUUUCGUGACGUGCUUAGAGGAGGUGGCGGAGCAGUUGGCUUGCCUAGUUCCCGUGUCGAUCUGUAUCCAAGGUGUACUACAAGGUCUUGAAUCCGAGGAAAAUACACAGAAUGAUGACUCGUAUCGAUCGAUCAUUCUGGGUCUUUCCGCGAUCCAUCAAGCAUUGUCGCAAGGCCCGAGCGAGAUUUCCGACGAAGUCCUUGCUCAUGUUGGUUCUGUGCUCAGCCGCCAACUCAGUCACCCUCGUCCUGGUGUGCGUAAGCAGGCCACCGAGCUGUGCACGCUCUUGAAUCUUAAAUUCGGACUUGACCGAGUUCAAAAGGUUACUCCCCCAGCUGGAGAAGGUUCGCUCAACUUGCUAACUUACUUCAUGGCUCGACGCUCUCAAUGA